UGUCAUCGAUGAGAUUGAUUAUCCUUUUUGCAUAUAAAUAAUCAAGCUCUUUUUUCUUUCUUUUUUUAUGCUAUAAAAUGUCGACCUGUCUUGUCUCUUUGCCUACAAAUAUUUUCACAAUACAAGAUGUCGUAUUAGACUCACCAGUUUGGAGAGCGAAUAUGACUCAUUUAGAAGAUCAGAUUGAUCAAUAUGAGAAAUGGUUAGAUGGGUUUAUACGUGCUUUAAAGACUUAUAUUGAAUCAGUAACAAAAUGCCAUGUUCAGGCUGCUAAUUUAUGCAAACGAAUGUUCAUCUCGGGAUUAGACAGUGAUCUAUCUAACUUUAAUAUGGUUGACAACGUUAUCAACAAGUUUGCAACCACGCUCGAGCUGACGCUUCAUUACAGAACACAGCUGAUAACUGAACUAGAAGAGGCCUUGUUAAACCCUCUACAAAAGUUAUACAAACAAGAUCUCAAGUCAUACAAGGAUAGCAAAAGACAGUUUGAGAAAACAUUAGACAAGUACGAAACACAACUGAGUCGAUACUUUGUUCUCAGUAAACAAAAGGAGCCAAGCGCAUUGAGAGAAGACGCGUUUCAGAUGCAUGAAUUAAGAAAGGCCUAUGUGAAACAAAGCACAGAUCAUUUUGUUAAGUUGAUCUACUUUAAAUCACAGUUGGAACACAUCCUUAUCCAAAGUUUUUCGAGCGCAGUCAGUGCACAUGUCGAGGAGAUUGAAGAGACUAGAAGAACAUUUGGAGAAUUAAAGCCUAAACUUGCCAGCUGGAAACAAUGGUUAGAUGAGAACAAGACGACAUGUGAGCAUCAGAUCAACAAUAUCAAAGAGAGAUGCGUCGAGUUAUCAGACAUCUAUCUUCAACAAUGCACCCCUCAUCGUUCAUUAAAGAGAUACUCUAUAACUCAGUAUGAUGACAUUGUUGAGAAUUUGCAUGAAACAGUCAUAGGAAAAGAAGGAUACCUUAACAACCGUAUUGCCAGGUCAACAUGGGUCAGAAAGUGGUUCUUUUUACAGCGUGGAUGGUUCGGUACGAUGACUAUCAAUAAGCAAAAGGCACUCAUCAUGCUGGGAGACAGGGUCCUUGUUUCUGAAUGCACAUAUAAAGUCGUUACAGAUGUCGAUAGACGAUUUUGUUUUGAAAUAACACAUCCUAAAAACACAUUUUAUCUGCAGACUGAAACAGAAGAGGAUAUGUAUGAAUGGAUAAAAGCCUUUGAAUAUCAGAUAAAACAGAAUCAAGAACAGGAAGAAGAACAAGGAAAAAUGCUGCCAAUGCAGCCAUUACUAUACCCAUCUGCCCUGAUGACAUUAACUGAUGAUCAGUUCGUGGCUAAAGUUUCCUCAAAUAAUGAUUUGAUACCCAUCCAUUCUACUACCGCAUCCUUACUGACAUCCCUUAUGAUUCAAAAGGGACGAAGCGCAAAUGAAGAAGCAAUACCUGUAAAAUCUAGCAAUAAUACCAGCAAUAGCAGUAUUCUAUCCUCCUGGGGAGUAUCUUGGGCUAAUUUAUCAAACGAAGAGCCCACGGAGAGCCAAACAGAUAGCUAUUUAGUGUGGCCUACAAAGUUGGAAAUGGAAGUCAAUGGGCCAGAGUUAGAACAUUAUACACUAGAUGCACGUCAUAGAGAACUUCGGAAACUAUUCGCAAAUGUCCCACAGAAUGAAAUUGUUCUUGAUGCAUUCAAAGCAUCAUAUUAUGGGCAAAAAGGUGAUGAGGCACAGUAUGGAUACAGUGGCAUUGUCUAUCUGACACAAAAAGCUAUCUGGUUUUAUAGCUGUACAUUGAUGACUAGCCUUCAUUUGUGCAUGAUACCAUUAGAAAAGAUUGGAUCUAUUAAAAUUGAGAAAACAGUAAAUGGCACAUGGCUCAUACUAGAUGAUAUACUAUUUAGUCUUUGGAGCUGCACACCUUCUGAAACCAUUGUUGAAAGACUCAAGAUAACAGCAUCACAAAAGAUACAAGAUAUCCAAACACUCUAUGAUACCAUUCGAAAUAUAUCCACAACUAAAAUCAGCAAUCAUGUAACAACUACCAGCGCCCUCUUUCCUUCUGUUACUCCCUUAACAGUUCAGAUACAGCAGCCACCUGUAAUGAAAUCAAGCAGUUCUACGUCUACGUCCAAUAGCCUGGAUAACGAUGAAGGCGACACCGAAUCGGGACCAUCAGCUGCUCAUGACGCUUUGAAAGCGGCAUAUCAGAGCAGCAAUCAGUAUCAACAACAGCAAACGUCGAGUAUAACAAAUGUAGCCACAACGACAACAACAGCAACAACAACAACGACAAAUGGGACCAAUAAUGUUCAUGAAGAUGAUGAUUCAAACUGGCCAGAUAGUAUACCACGACCUGAUAAUCAAAUAGAGUGUGGAUGCAAGGAUCAUCUUGAUAAAGUAGAAGCAGAAGUCGUGCUAGACUUGGGUGCCAAACGAUUGUUUAUGCUCUUAUUUUCAGACACAGUCGUUUGGUCCCAACUGAAUAAGGUCGCCGGAUUUGGUGAGCCAACGUUCACAGAAUGGGCAAAUAGCCAAGAAGAAGGUGUGAUCAGAGAACGCACGCUGACUUAUAUGAUGCCGGUCUCUAACCCCAUGGUGAGAGCAAAAGAAACUCAGGUGAUAGGAACGCAGCAGAUAUUACAGGAACAAGACAGGUUGACCUAUAUUGUGCUUGUGUCUACCAAGACACCUAAUCUACCUUAUGCAGAUACGUUUUUACCCUCUAUAAAAUAUUGCAUCACCUACGUGGCCCCCAAUCGUUCAAAGGUCACAUGUUCCUUGGGUAUCAAAUGGCUAAAGAGUGUCUUGGUCAAGAGCAUGAUCAAAAGCGCAGCCAUGAAAGGUAUGGCUGAGACUGUUAACACAUUAAUACCCAUCCUACAGCAACAACAGCAACAACAAAAGCAACAAGGCCCAGGAAUCGUCGAGAAUGUCAACGGACAAAUAGAAGAAAAACCAAUGACGGAAAGAAUAGAAAAAGCACCUGUGAGAACAGAAAGAGGUGCCUUGUGGGACAAGAUGACUGUACUCAACCUGUGCUUUAUCUUCUUGUGUUUCUUUUUGACAAUAUAUCAGUUCCGUAUGCAGCGCAAGUACGAAGCACUUGUAGACCAUCCAGUGAACUGGAAGGGAGUUUACUUACGAGACCUCCAGAACAUAACAGAAUCUCAAAUUGCACUUCAUCGUGUCAAUCCAACAACCUACGAGAUGUUUCAGCAAGACCACAUGCGUGGUCUAGCCGACGACAUCAACUGA